GCAGCAGCAAUUUUUUAUUUUGACGAUGUUUGAACAGACUAGACGGACAUCUAUGACCUCUGUUUUGUUACAUCGCGGGAAGCAAAAAUUUUCCAGCAGUUAAACUAUGACCAGCCGGGAGCACAAAAUCAACAAAUUAAUUUCCCGAGUUUUAAAUAGUGCCAAUAUGAAAACACUACAAUACAUAGUUUACACUCCUCGUGAGCCAAUGCCAGCAAUUCCACACACACACACUGAACGGGUGGCUAGAUUUUUUGUGGCAAAGUCCAGCCUGGCCUACACUGACAGUGAAAUGACUGAUUGUAGCCGCCCACUUCACUGGCCUUGUCAAUAACAAAACUGAUACAUGUGGGUCCAACCCUGACCGGGACUCGCUUCAUCUGGAAGGGCAGGUUUUCUCGUGGUAAAGUACACUGACAAUGAAUUUAAGGCCGCCACGCUUCAUGUCUGCGUGAAAACGGUAAAUAUCAUUAUUGGUCUUCGCACGCAAUGCAUUAUUGUGCUGUGUAUAUUACAGCUAUAACGCAGAACUGCUAUUAUUUAGGCCUAUGCCUACGACAGAUCUUUGCCUGUAAACACACUAUAGCUUUCAAUCUAGUCGUGCACUGCCGAUCUGGUGACCACUUCCGCCUUGAUGACCCUACCUUUGAAACUGAGGGGGAAAAUAGCUCUUGUAAAUUUUACAAACGGUAAAAUACGUAUCACCAUAAAUGUUCCAAUGUUGAAAAUAAUAAACGUCCUUUAGAGGGAGCCCUUUUCUUACAAGAUGAUGUGGCCAUUCCUCAAUGCAAUGAAUUUUUCUCACAGCAUAACUUGUUGUACGCCUACGUGUUUAAUUUAGUUUGGUAUAAUUCAGUUCCGUGCUACGCGUGUUGCGCUUCAUAUGGACGACUUCUGUUCCAAGCACACACACACACAGCAUGGUUUUCAUGGAUGGACGAAAGGGGGUGACGUGUCCGUUGGGGCGGUUCACUUGUUAUCUUGGUUAUAUUCAUUCACAUCCUAUAAGCCCGUAAUUAGUGAAAAUCACAUGACUAGGCCACAUUGUUUCAAGGCGCAGAAUGUUGCACAGGAUUUUCGUCUACCAUAUCGAAAACUAGGAACAGUCUGAGUAAGAUUCUCGAAAGACGGAACUUUACAACACUAUAAGGUGAGAAUGUAGGCCUUUCCGGUGGAAAAGCCAGUGUCAAACGAAACAUGAUCGCAAUCACCUCAGAGUUGUAGACUUGAGUCACUUGACUCGGACUCGAGCCGCUAUUUUUGUGACUAGUGACUUGACUUGGACUUCCAAAAAAUGACUUGUGACUUGGUUUGGACUUGCAAAUUAUGACUUAUACCAGGUCAAAAAAAAAAAACCAUUCGAUCAAACCCAUUUCAGCUUUAAACUAGGCCUGCCAACUUAUACCUUGCAUUCUUAAAAUAACCGUCUUAAGACUUCGUUCGGUUGACAGGUUACUUUGCAUAGCUUCCGUCGAUCAUCACCCAGGUGAUAUGAAUUAUGCAUACCAUUCUUACUGAAGUCUGUUGCCGCCCCUGGUCAAACAAAAUAUCCAAAACCUUCCUGUGUGGUUCGUGUCGCGGAUUGCAGAAUAAAUAUGGAAGGUUGUUGAACCAAGACUAGGCUAUGGCUUGAAAUCACACAUAAUAGCGCAACUUGACCUGUACUUGGACAAAAAAGACUUGUAACUUGCUAUACAUAGACCAAAUUGACUUGUGACUUGACUUCAAGUUGACUUGACCUGUGAUCAAAUGACUUGUGACGUGACUUGUGACUGGACCAAAUGACUUGUGACUUGACUUGGACUUGCAAAAGUCGACUUGUUACCACCUCUGGCAAUCACCUAAUCUGUAUACCGUCAAAAUGCGUGGGCCUGUUUUUCCCACACACGGAUCCAGAUCUCAUGAUGUCAUCAGUAACCUACCGUUUGUUGACUGGACACCAGAACUAGCCUUAAGUUUAAUCUAAACCAGCAAAUGUUUCGUUCCAUUAUUUGCAAUUUUGUCACUUCCAGUUUUUAUGUUGUGCAUUAUAACUCUACAAGACUUAACGAUAUCGUGACUUGCAUUUUUCACAUGUAGUAAGGCGGGCUGCAAGAUUUUAUGUAGACUUGACAAGUCGUUUUAAGUAGUCGUGUUCUAAUUUUCCCGCGCAGAUGUAUCAUAAAUCCGUAAGAUGGGGACGAGGCAAACAAAGUCCUAUGACGCAAAGGCAUUAUGAUUAGACGGUGCAUCGUACGCGUGGCAUGCGCGCGUGGAGAGUAAAAUCAAACCAAUUGUCGACUUGGCAGCAAGUCUAGUUUCAUGACAACGCGUCUGGCAAUUUAUGUAUAAAAAUCGCUCGCACUCGAAAAAGUCUCACAAAGGGAGAUCAUCCACCGUUGAGGGGUUAAAAGUCGCCCGGUUCUUUCACAUUCUGUUGUGCAGUUCAAGCGUUGCGGGUGACAGGCACAUAAGUUUACUGGAUAUUGCUAAUAGGACACGACACGCAUCUGACCAUCAUCGUCGACCAUGUCCAACACUCAGCGCGUUGCAGUGGUAACAGGCGCCAACAAGGGCAUUGGUUUCGCCAUUGUCCGAGCUCUGUGCAAGCAGCUGGAUAAUGGAAUCGUCUACCUGACUGCCAGGAACGAGGAGAGGGGGAGGGAGGCCGUGGCCAGACUCAACCAGGAAGGGCUCCAGCCUAAGUUUCAUCAGCUGGACGUUACCGAUCGGGCCAGCGUGAGCAAGCUGAGGGAUUUCCUGCAGAAGACGCACGGAGGCUUGGACGUAUUGGUCAACAAUGCAGCAGUCUACUAUAAAGAAGUGGCAGUUACUGUCCGCGAUGGAGUCAUGGAAUGGGAAUUAUUUAACGACGCGUCACAUCCGCCAUUUGGGGAGAAAGCAUCGAUUACUAUGGCAACCAAUUUUCACGCUGUCUUGGAUGUCAACAGAGCUCUCAUCCCACUCAUACGAGCUCAUGGAAGAAUUGUCAGCGUAGUCAGUUCAGGCGGGGUCUGGGCAUUCCAAAAAAUGAGCAAGGAGCUGCAAGGUCGUUUCCAAGGAGCCAAGACGGAACAGGAAGUGGAGCAGCUCAUGCACGAAUUUGUGGCACUUGCCAAGGCCGGCAGUCACGCCCGUGAGGGAUGGCCUGAAAUGGUCUAUGGAAUAUCCAAGAUGGGGGUCAUUGCACUUACCCGGAUCCAAGCUGAUGACAUUGCCAAGGAUAAGACGAAGGGCGAAGUUCUCAUUACGUGUUGCUGCCCGGGCUACGUGGCCACAGAUAUGACGAAUCACGAGGGGGAAAAGACAAUCGAUGAGGGCGCCGUUACGCCGGUCUACUGCGCCCUGCUACCGCCCGGUUCCAGCCAAUUCAACGGCAAGAUGUUCAGCGAGAAGAAGCUGCUUGAGUUCUGGUAGCGUCCGAACAAUGAGUUUUCGUCAUCGUCUCCUUAGACUUUCAGACAUGCAGACUUUUAGCCAUUCAUUCAACGUUAAUUGCUCCUCGCAUAACCCCCCAAAAAACCUAAUUAGAUAACUGCAUGCAUGCUCCACUAACACAGGAAUGGAAUUCACCAAGUCAGUUUUGGUCAUGUGGGUGUCCGGUCUAUCGGGCUUGUGUACACAGAACAGUAAACAACAUAGCUGCACAAACAACCUCAAAAGGGUUCAUUCAUUAACGUUCCUUAUUUAUGUCGUGGGUAACGCAAUCAAUGCCAAAGCUGGUUGAACAUCAUAUCGCUGUACCAUCCAGACUGCCACAACUACACGACAGAGAGCUAUUGAGAAACGCAUACGGUGGGGGGGGUGUGACAAUGUUGAUGGUUUCAUUCCGCUCUACCAAUAUAAAUGCUCAUUCUCAGUUAUUCUCUCUGUGGAAUUUCGGAAUAAAUACAACAGCAGGUUCAUAAUUUGAAAGAAAAAAAUCAUGGCGUGUAUUUGUUUAUUUGAGUUUGUACAGAGCCAAUUCAGCCAUAUAGUAUCUCGAUACUCGGUAAAUAAGGUACCAAACGUACAGAUUGCGUGUUUAAUUAAUCAUAGCGACGACAUGAAACAGUCGACCAACCAAAUGUCACAUUCUCAAUAACUCGAUAGAGCGUGGAUGCCAUAGUUGAUUCAAAACUUCAAGGACCACGGUUGACUCGUCAAAGAAACAUCAUUCACCUUUAAUGUCACGGAUGUUGCAAGGUGGAUGACCGAAAUUGAGAGGAUGUAUAGUUGAAAUGGGAAGAAAAUGAUGAUGCAGCAUCGGUAUUAAACACCGUUCAUGGUUGACGUGGCCAAGGAUCAAAUGUCACUUUGCGGCCAAGUUUGCAAGGAUAGUCAUCGGAGGCAUAAAGGUAACAUUAGGAACCAGGCCUUAAUUGAUCCAGGAGUAUCAGCAUGAUAUUGUAUCUUACACUUUAAAAUGACAAUUCUCUUGGUAGAAUUCUUGAAAGAAAUACAUGUCGGGCAGGGAAAAAAAACAAAAAAUAAACAAAUAAA